AUGAGUACAACAUAUGCCAUGGUACUCUUCACAGGAGGAUACUUGGAGUUAUCGAUACUUCCUAUACAAUUGUGCACUCUGAAGGGAGGUAUUAUCCGGACAACAGUAUUGUUAACAUGACGGUAUUACUUGUACAAGCAUACUUCUUAAAGAGUAGUACCAAAGAUAUCGUCGUACUAAGGAAGGCACAUAAUGGCAGAUAG